UGCAUAAAUACAGAGCAAAAGAUGUCUCUUUCCCUUUGGUAGAGUGAGGCCCUUUAUGGAUUAUAAACCAGCCUUUCAACUUCUGCCAGAGGAUCAAAAGGAAACUUGAGACAAUCAGCAGCAGCAGCAGCAGCAGCAGCGGGAAACAUGGUAGGACUUAAACCCACAGAUGUUCCUCCUCCUCUGGGGGUGAAGAUGGCGAGUGCUGGAGCAGCAGCCUGCAUCGCAGACCUUGUCACGUUUCCUCUGGACACGGCUAAAGUCAGACUACAGAUUCAGGGAGAGAAGAAAGGACUGGCAGGCAUCCGUUACAGAGGCGUGUUCGGGACCAUCACCACCAUGGUGCGCACAGAGGGACCCAGGUCCUUGUACAAUGGGCUGGUGGCAGGAUUACAGAGGCAACUGUGCUUCGCUUCCAUCAGAAUCGGCCUCUACGACAAUGUCAAAAAUUUCUACACUGGUGGAAAGGACAACCCAGGUGUGCUGGUUCGUAUCCUGGCCGGCUGCACCACAGGUGCGAUGGCAGUGAGCUUUGCACAACCCACCGACGUCGUCAAGGUUCGAUUUCAGGCCCAGGUGAACCUGGACGGAGUGGCUCGCCGUUACAAUGGCACCAUGCAGGCCUACAGACACAUCUUUCAGAACGAAGGCUUACGUGGUCUCUGGAAAGGCACAUUACCCAACAUCACGAGAAACGCACUGGUCAACUGCACAGAGCUGGUCACGUAUGACCUGAUCAAGGAGGCGAUCCUUAAACGUAACCUGUUGUCAGAUAAUCUUCCGUGCCACUUCGUAUCGGCGUUUGGCGCUGGCUUUGUCACCACAGUGAUUGCGUCACCGGUGGAUGUGGUGAAGACCAGGUACAUGAACUCACCACCAGGCCAGUACAAGAGUGCCAUCAACUGUGCCUGGACCAUGAUGACUAAAGAGGGGCCGACAGCUUUCUAUAAAGGAUUUGUGCCAUCGUUUCUGAGGUUAGGAUCGUGGAACGUCGUGAUGUUUGUCACCUUCGAGCAAAUCAAGAGGGCCAUGAUGGUGGCCAAGGGGAGGACGGAAGCACCAAACUGAGAUGUGUGUUUCACUUUGUCUAAAAGAAAAAGAAAACGACCUCAAACACUGGAUGAAGCAACCAAACGAAUGUCGACUGUUGUUUUAGGAUUAUAUCCAACAAUCGUCUUGUCCUGUGGCGACAAUGACGACAGUCUACAUAGCAUUUGAUGUCAUGUUGAACUUGUGCAUAUGAAGAUAUGAGAGGCAGUUCUUUUAUCAUGAGUCCAUUCCAAAUAUUAUGGGAGGAAACAAGCACAUUCA